AGCGGCUAGGGCACAAUCAGAUCAGAUGGAAGAGGAAAGGGGAGGCGCAGUGGCGGAGGCAGCUGCGGCGGCUAUGGCGUCGAUCGAUGGUAUGGCCGGGAUGGUGGAAGAUCUCAGCAUUGAAAUGCGGCGGCAGUGGGAUUACGUCGCGAGCGCCCCGGAUGGAGCGCUUUUGGGGCCCGUCUUCUCGUUUCUUCGUGCCGUGGAUUGGAUGGAACCAUGGCUGCUGCUGCUCAUAAUUUUCCACGCUGGUUUGCUCACAGUGGCGAUUCGGACACGAGAAAACAACAACAUGCAAAUGUUGCUAUUCACAUUUGGACUGUUGAGCGUCUAUUCUGCGGAAAAAAUCAAUACCCUGCUCGCCAGGAAUUGGGAAAGGUUCUCACGCAAGCCAUACUUUGACCGGGAGGGAGUGUUCGUAUCAACAGUAUGGUCGGGCCCUCUGUUACUGAUUGGGACAGUCAUCCUGGUAAACACAUUGCGAACGCUCGUCAAGCUUCUUGUCAAGUGGAAGAGAGCCGAGCUGAAACAUCGGGCAUACUUGGCACGAAAAAGGUCCAGCUAAAACUCACACAAAUGCGAGGUAAGAGAUAGAAACAAAAAAACCAGUUUUGUUCUUCCAAAUGCGCUCAACGAACGGGAAAAUAAAAAAAGAAAGUUUCGUGCU